AUGGAUAACCUAAACCUACUAAACCUAAAAGAACUAAAAGCUAAAGCUAAACAAUUAGGACUAAAAGGUUAUUCUAAAAUGAAAAAACAACAACUAAUAAAUCUCAUUAAUAAUAAUAAUAACAAUAAUAAUAAUAAUAACAAUAAUAAUCAAGUGAAUGAACCAAAUGCUAGAGAACAACAACUAAUUAAAAUGAUUCAUCAUCUGUUUAAUAAAUUAACUGUUAGACAAUUAUAUCAAGUGUUAACAAAUGUUAUAUCUAAACUUGAAGAAUUCAACAUUGAUUUUUAUUUACAUAAUAAUCUUAGGAUUGGUUAUAUAAAAUACGAAAAAAUGUUGUAUACAACUUAUAAAAUCAUUAUAUAUAAUUAUGAUGAAAAUAUAUUUCGAAAUUUUAAAGAAACAGUUACUUCAUCUGAGGAUUAUGAUGGAUGGGAUUUUUCUUCAACAAUUGAUAACCAUAUUAUUGAUUUAUAUAUUAAUGAUGAGAAUGAAUAUAUAAAGAUUGAAUUUUUUAAAUGUAUAUAA